GUUGCUGAGCUGUUUAUACGAAAGAGCUUUUUGCGUUUACUUGUCGUUAAAAGUAAUUAAAAUAAAGCUUUUUUAGAAGGCUCUCAAAGCUAACCAGAUUCAUAAAUUUAAAUGAAACGUUUCGGCUUGAUUUUCAGCGCUUAUUUUGAAACGAAAAUCCACUCAUAAAUUGAUUGGAAGAACCAAAAUGGCAGCUUCACAACUCCAUCAGAGCAUUUUAGACUGCAAACAGUCAGUCGAGAAUGAUCAGACGAGCAAACUAGUCGGAUGGGCAACUGAAUAUCUAGACGCAGAACUGAUUUGCAAUUUAAAUGUGGAGGAGUCAUUGGCAGGCGUGUUGGCCGAAAAAUUUGGGCUGUCUUUUUCAAAUGAAAAAGUGCAGAACUUCGCCUACGUUCUCAGCUAUGCGGCUGUGAUUGAGUUUGCAUACCACGUGGUUGGAGUGGUGGCUUCAUUUUCUUCUGUGGAUUUGACUGGGGUUGCUCUGGCCCAAAUCAAAAAGAGCCUGGAAGAUAUUAAGAAGAUGAUCGGCGUCAUUCUUGCUGAGCCUCUCAAAUCGGCAAUCGACAAAGUCUCAACAGCUAUGAAUCUCCUGCAGAACGAGGAGAUCAAACUGGCCGUCGAAGAGUUCAAGGACUGUUUUCCAGACAUCCGUUGA